GUGAGAGAGGAAAGGCUGCAGGACAUGCGCGCUCCCGACGCUCACAACUAAAUGCGUCAAAGUUGAAAGUUUAGUUUUUAGGAGUUGACUGUUUGCAUGUGUUGUUUGUUUUAUGACAUGAGUGAAGAUGAAUGAAGACGCGUUCGAGGUCCCGGAGCGGACCGAGUACCGCUACCUGGUUCAGGAGGAGGAGGAGGAGGAGGUGCAGUACGUCCGCCACAGACACUACAUCAGCCCCUUCCUCGUGCUCUCCAGACGCUGCAUCUUCCUCAUCUGCCUCGGCGUGGCCGCGCUGCUCGCUCUCGCCGCCUACCUGGGAUACGUGGCGCAGACGCUGCCGCCGGGCGUUGCCAAGGUUACCGUCGGCUGCGGAGAGUACCGAGGAAGACACAAGGAUGGCGCCUACUCCUUUAAAGGCCUCCGCUACGCCGCCCCCCCGGUGGGGACCCUGCGCUGGGCUCCUCCGGCCGAGCCCGCCUGUAAGAAAGGCACCAGCGACGCCGGCCGCUUCCGCAGCGUGUGUCCUCAGAUCCUAUCGAUGACGAGCGCGGGGAAGGUGACCGGUCAGGAGGAUUGCCUCUUCGUCAACGUGUGGACGCCGACGCUGCGGCCGGACGCCAAGCUGCCCGUCAUGGUGUGGAUCCACGGAGGUUACCUGCACGUGCUCAGCGGAGGAGAGUCGGGGUACUCGCCCACGGAGCAGCUGGCGGCCGACACAGAGAUGGUUUACGUCAGCUUCAACUACAGACUCAACGCUUUCGGCUUCAUGGCUCUGGAGGUGCUGAGAGAGGGGUCUCCAAAAAACACCUCAGGGAACUACGGCUUCAUGGACCAGAUCGCAGCUCUGAAAUGGGUCCAGAAGAACAUCCACGUGUUUGGAGGAGAUCCAGAGAGAGUCACCAUAUUUGGGCAGAGCUCAG